AUGUUGGAGAUCCGUGUCUUCGGCUCUACUGUGCCCUCAGUUUCUCUCCUCACCAAGUCACCAGCUCGCCUCCUCGAAUCCUCCACAGCAGUUCUGGGCUCGUUCUGUCUGGAGUUCUGGGCUCGUUCUCCUCCACAGCAGCAAGCGAGCAAGCCACCUCCACCUCAGUACACUCAUCUGAAUCUUUACGCCGUUUCUAUUUUGUGUUUCUGUUCUGUUUUGCAGAUCAACACUAGUGUUGGUGAAUCUAUAGCACCAAUAACUCCCCAUGAAGGAACUUCUACUGCAACUCCGGAAGUUCAAGGAACUCAAGCAACCCAGCUUGAAGAUGAUGGAAGUGUGGAAAGCAUCCUUGAGGCGUUGAAACGAAAAGAAAGGUCAGAUAUUUGGAAUCAUUUUGAGAGGGAUAUGGUGGAUGGUAGAAUUAAGGGUCAAUGUAAUUAUUGUGGAAAAAUUUACUAUGCCGAUCCUAGGAAGAAUGGUACAACCUCCCUUAAUAAUCAUAUGGAUAGGUGUCCAAAGUAUCCCCCUAAUAUUGAGAUGAUGAAAGUGUAA